CUGCUGCGCGCCACGACGGCUGGGGACCUGCAUUGGACCCAAGUCUGGUGCAACGAGAUGUAAACUUUGGAACCGAGCAUCGUUUUUGCCUCCCGCCUCCUCCUCGUCGGCUUCACAACGGCGUAAAUUUCCUCGGGUUUCACACGCCCCUUCUACCCUGUACAUGGGAUGCGGCGCCCGGAGAGAGGGGGCGUGGAGGAGCAAGGAUUGGCGUCCAAAGAUGCCUCCCGCGAGACCUUCUCAGAUGCACCAAGUCCAGCAAAGGGGCGACGCUGAUCUCUUGCCAGCCAGCUUCUUAUAUAGCCUUAAGCCUUAGCCCCGGCACCCAGAUUCGUCUGCCGCGCUAGUUGCCCAGACUUGCCAGCAAUGUUGUAGAUCUUUCCUCCAUCUCGCUGUCAGACACCCGCCCCUCCCUUCUGGUGCCCGGAACCGCGGUAUUACCCGCGUGGUACAUAUCAUCCCGAAGGGCCCCCAGGCUAGCGACCCCUGGAACACUAGACUCGGAGAUCUCAUCUCACGACGAGAACUGAUAAACACCGGAACGGGUCCCAUCCCCCAAGCCCUAAGACGGUCCCCAAGACGGCCCCAAGACGAAAGCGACAAGACCGGCAGCAGCGAACUAAGCAACCGCCAAGAUGGGCUGGGUGGACAACGCAACCCCCGAGGUCGAGGCCAUCUCCGACUACAAGCUCAUCAUCGCCAUCUGCAUCUUGAUGUCGGUCGUCUCCAUCAGUGUCGUGUGCGCGCGCCUCCACAUCCGGCGCACCAACCAUGGCCUCCGCGCCGACGAUCACAUGGCGACCCUGUCCAUGUUCUUCGCCCUGCUCUACUCCAUCAUCUGCAUUGUCCAGACGAAGUACGGCCUCGGCCUGCCCAUAGCGCUGCGGCCCAAGCCCAACCUGAUCCCUUAUACGCGCUGGAACUUUGGGGGAAGGCCCAUCUACCAGAUGGGCAUCAGCUUCUUCAAGGUCGCCCUGCUCAUCAGCUACCUUCGCCUGUUCCAGGGCACCUCGCACCGGGGAUACCGCGCCGCCGUCUGGAUCACCAUCGUGGCCGUCGUGCUCGGCCACCUCGGCUGUUCGCUGUCUCUCGUGCUGGCUUGCAACCCGGUCUACAAGUCGUGGGAGCCGCUGACGCCGGGCACGUGUCUGCCGCCGGGGCCCAGCUUCACCGGAUACGCCAUCGUCACCAUUGUGUCCGACAUUGCCGUCACCAUCAUCCCGCUGCCUGUGCUCAUCAAGCUCAACGUCAACCUCUCCAAGAAGAUUGGUCUUGUCGUCAUCUUCGUUCUGGGUAUCUUUACCACCAUCUGCUCGGUCCUGCGCUACCUGCAGAUCGACAGGAUCCAGUUUGGCGAUGGCAACUCCACCAUGCUAGUGCUUUGGGGCGUUAUUGAGUUUAAUGUUGGCAACAUCGUCUCGUCCCUCCCAUUCCUCGCGCCCGUGUUCCUGCGCCGGGCCAAAGAGUACCGCUCCCGCUACCAACAGGGCUCGGCCGGCCCGAGCGGCAGCGGGCGCAGCGGACGCAACCGAGGCGGCAGCCAGAAGCUCAACAGCUUCGGCGGCGGCGGUGGCGGUGGAGGCAGCAAGCCCUUCUACAAGACGGACGAGUCGUACAUGCUCGACACGGUGGUCGACAAUACCAGCAGCAGCGACAACAAGAAGGGCCAAGGCAACAGGGAUGGGAUCUCGUCGGCGGCGUCGAGCCCCCCGCCCACCACACUCCAGAACAGGAGUGAGGAGGAGAUCCUCAAGGGCUCCUCGGCGGCGGCAGCGCACAGCGACGACCUCAACACGCAGUCCCAAGGUCACGAGCGCGGCAACAGCGGCAUCAUGAAGUCAGUCACGUACAGCGUGCGCGUCGACAAGGACCAGGACGGGUACAACACCCCCGGCCGUGCGCGGUAAAAAAAACAAAAAAAAACGGCUGCUUUGCGCUUGAUGUUUCGGCGGGCGGGUAUUUGCUUUUGGGAUGCCCCGACUACCUACAUAGUUUAUUUCGUAUGUUUUAGCCGAUUACGAUUGUGCGAUACCCAAGGCCAACUCUGGCCACAAAACGAAAAGCGAGCCGGACAAUAUCUCUUCAGGUAGGUGUUAUAGCGUACAUAGAUAGUCACGAAAACCCAGAUUAUAGUUGUGUAUAAUUGUAAAUAAACCCAUCUUGAAACACGCUGGCAGUGUUUCUGGCAGGAACCCUUUACGAGCUCGCAGUAUACCUGUAAUAUUUUCAACCGUGUACAACCCCCGAGGAACCCCCGAUAAU